AUGCGUAGGCCUUGGCGGGGCUCCGACACAGGGAAGGAGCUGGAUGUGAGGCUGGUUGGUCUUAUCCAGGCCAGAAGGCAGAGAGGCAGACCCCCAAGCUUCUGGAGGGCCACGGGAUACCUCCGCUGGCUGAACUCCCUCCUCGCUUUAGCGCUGCAAGAGAAAGGGCUGAGAGACGACAGGGAGAGCGAUAGAGGCGGGGACACACAGCUGGGGCAGAGGAGGACAGAGGACCUGGGGACCGAGUGA